CUCUUCACCCGCAGGGUCUUAGGGGCUGGACGCGGGGUGGAGACCCUGGCUGCCCUGAUUCCCCGUCUGUCUCUCUCCCUCAGCCUCUCCCAUCAGUCUCAGCCUCCCCACCUGUACGAUGGCUGCCCUGGGGCGGAGGUGACCUUGUGCAUUCUGGGGUCCCCCAGCACCUUCCUGUCCGUGCUGCUGGAGGCUGGGGUCCAGAGCCCGGGUGAGUGUAUGCCCAAGUUCCCCCACCCCCUCCUUCGGAAAGGGCAGCCCUGCCCUGGCCCGGCCACAUCCCAAAAUACCCGCCGACCCUGGCAACAGCCUGCAUUCCACUGGACCAGCUGCCCUGCUCCGGAGGCGAGAGGGGGGAGUUCUGGGAGCAGCUGCCCCCUACGACCCAGGGGCCCAGGCGGGAGAUGGAGGGCAUGGGGGCAUCAAGCCUUCCCUGGCCAGCAACCCUCCUCUCUCUGCCCACAGGAAACAUGCUCCUUUGCCUGUCCCCCGCUUGGCUGACAAAGGUGCCAGCCCCGGGGCAGCCGGGUGAGGCAGCCCUGCUGGUCUCCAAGGCCGUGAGCUUCCACCCGGGGGGCCUGACAUUCCUGGAUGACUUUGUCCCCGCUCGUCGGGCCACCUACUUCCUGGCUGGCCUGGGGCUGGGGCCUGGCUGGGGUCGAGAGGCGGCUGAGCUCGCCCGCGACCUGACCUGCCCCACGGGAGCCUCAGCCGAGCUGGCCCGGCUGCUAGAGGACCGGCUGCUGACGAGGCGGCUGCUGGCUCAGCAGGGCAACGUGGCCGUGCCAGCUACCCUGGCUUUCACCUACAAGCCACCGGCACUGCUGCGGGGAGGGGAUGCCAGCCCGGGACUACGGCUGGUGGAGCUGAAUGGCAAAGAGGGCCAGGAGACACUGGUGAAGGAGGAAGUGGGGGCCUUUCUGCAUUCCGAGGCCCUGGGUGAUGCCCUGCAGGUGGCCGUGAAGCUCAGUGGCUGGCGCUGGAGAGGGAGGCAGGCCUUGCGUCUGUAUCCACGAGCUGAGCAGGGCCCAGUGGUGGACACAGUGCUGGCGUUGCUGGAGAAACUGGAAGAGGAGGAGAGUGUCCUGGUGGAGGCUGUCUGCCCACCUGCCCGGCUCCCCUUUCCAGGCAGCCCUCCCCCUGGCCCUGAGCUGGCCCUGAGGAUCUGUGCGGUGGUGUGUCGGACACAGGGUGACAGGCCCCUGCUGAGCAAGGUGGUAUGCAGCGUGGGCCGUGGGGACCGGCCUCUGCGACAUCAGAGCUCCUUGCCCCGGACGCUGGAGGCGGCGCUGGCCCAGUGCGGCCUGGCGGAGGCUUCUCAGGCGGCAAUCGUGCGGCAGCGCGUCAAGGCGGCGGCCGAGGCGGCGCUCGCCGCCGUGCUGACCCUGGAGGCCGGCCUGAGCGCUGAGCAGCGCGGAGGACGCCAGGUCCGAACUGACUUCCUCGGGGUGGACUUCGCCUUGACGGUGGCCGGUCGUACGCUGACCCCCGUGGCCCUGGAGGUGAACGGAGGCCUGUGUCUGGAAGCAUGUGGCGCGCUAGAGGGGCUAUGGGCAGCGCAGCACCUGGGCCUGGCGGCCGAGGAGGCGGCGGCCGCGCCGCUGGUGGAGACGAUGCUGCGGCGUUCGGCGCGCUGCCUCAUGGAGGGAAAGCAGCUGCUGCUGCUCGGCGCGGGCGGCGUCAGCAAGAAGUUCGUGUGGGAGGCGGCGCGCGACUACGGGCUCAAGAUACACCUGGUGGAGUCGGACCCCAACCACUUUGCAUCCCAGCUGGUGCAGACCUUCAUCCACUUCGACGUCACGGAGCACCGGCGGGAUGAGGAGAACGCCCGGGUGCUGGCGGAGCUGGUGCGGGCACGCGGCCUGCAGCUCGAUGGCUGCUUUUCCUACUGGGAUGACUGCCUGGUGCUCACAGCCUUGCUCUGCCAGGAGCUGGGCCUGCCCUGCAACCCGCCGGCCGCCAUGCGCCUGGCCAAGCAGAAGAGCCGCACCCAGCUGCACCUGUUGUGCCGCCGUGGCCCACCCUGGCCCGCGCCCUCCCUCUAUGCUGUGCCCUGCUGUCCACUGGAGAGUGAGGCCGAUGUGGACAGGGCUGUCCGCCAGGUGCCCCUGCCAGGCGUCAUGAAGCUAGAGUUCGGGGCUGGCGCGGUGGGUGUGCGGCUGGUGAAGGAUGCCUCGCAGUGCCGCGAGCACUUUUCCCGGAUCGCCCGAGACCUGCAGGGCGAGGCUGACCACCCAGGCAUUGGGUUGGGCUGGGGCAAUGCCAUGCUGCUGAUGGAGUUCAUCGAGGGCACGGAACAUGAUGUGGAUCUGGUGGUGUUCGGCGGGCGACUGCUGGCUGCCUUCGUCUCUGACAACGGCCCCACGCGGCUGCCUGGCUUCACUGAGACCGCAGCCUGCAUGCCCACUGGGCUGGCCCCAGAGCAGGAGGCACAGCUGGUGCAGGCCGCCUUCCGCUGUUGCCUGGGUUGCGGGCUGCUGGACGGGGUCUUCAACGUGGAGCUCAAGCUGACCGGGGCUGGGCCGCGGCUCAUUGAGAUCAACCCCCGCAUGGGCGGCUUCUACCUGCGAGACUGGAUCCUGGAGCUUUACGGUGUGGACCUGCUGCUGGCUGCGGCUAUGGUGGCCUGUGGCCUGCGACCUGCCCUGCCCGCCCACCCCCGCGCCCGGGGCCACCUGGUGGGUGUCAUGUGCCUGGUGUCCCAGCACCUGCAGGCGCUGAGUUCCACCGCCAGCCCCGAGACCCUGCAGGCUCUUCACGACCAGGGCCUGCUGCGCCUCAAUCUGCUGGAGGAGGCCCUGGUGCCUGGCGAAUACGAGGAGCCCUACUGCAGUGUGGCCUGUGCUGGGUCCAGCCCGGCCGAGGCCCGUCACCGCCUUCUGGGCCUCUGCCAGGGCCUGGGCAUCGAUGGGCCCCACUACCCCGUUGCCUACUUCUUGUCCCACUUCAAAUAGCGCUGGGGCCAGAGGGCAGGGGCAAAGUGCUGGAGGGGGGUGCUGUGGUACCCUCUGCUCCUGGAGCUUUCCCAGCUUCUCUUCCUGCGGCCCUGCCCCACCCUGGGCUGGUCCACUCCAAGGCCCCAGGUCUUUCCAGAGCCCAGGGCUCUUUCGACACCUAGGCCUCCUGGACUUGAGGGCCACAAAAGAAAAGAUCUGGUGAGCCGCCACCGGGCCUUCUUGCUGUCUCGAAGGCCUCCGUCCAGCCCCACGGCUGCCCAGGAUGCUAGCCAUAGAGAAGCAGCACCUGCACACACAGAGACACGCACCCUGCCCCCAGGUUGGUGGGAGUAGGCCCAAACUCAGCCCAUCCUUCCCACCCCUCCAGAUAUGUUUCUCUUCCUGCUGCCUACAGAAGAGAGCCCAGCUGGCCCCUUGCCUUGAACAAAUCCCAAGAAAACCUGAGACUAAAACCCUCAUCCUCCUACUCUCACCCCCUCAUUUAACAAAUUCUAGAUAGUUCUAGAGCCUGCUGACAACUUUUGGCAGUGCCCCGUCUGCCUUAUUCGGCCUGAGCAGUAGAAGCAGGUGACCUGGGCUCAGCAGUAACCAUCUCCCCUCCAGGCAGACACUAUUGCCCCAUUUUACAGAUAAGGAAACAGGCUCAGAGAGGAAAAGCCACUGCUUCAGUGUCUUGCCACUGUGACUGAAGGGAGGAGGACAAGAUGCACCAUCCAGAUUUCCACUUUUAUCAAGCCGUACCCACCCACUCAGCUUCUUGGCCCCGCCCACCUCCUUACCCUCAUUCAUGUGUGGUCCUGGGACAGGUGAACAUCCCUCCCAUGCACUGUGCACCUUAUCCGCCAAGCUCUGGUGCUUUGGCUGCAGGCACACCUAACUUGCAUUGGCAGAGAAGACUACACUCCUGUCCUCAUCCAGGGGAGGCUGCUCUAAGAACUCUUUCUCCGUGCAGCACGGGAGCUGUGGACAGCUCCACAAGCAUCCCUCUCCAAAUAAAGGCUUAUGGACUAGUGACA